UUUGAUAUUUACACGCGUUUUGAAUGUAUGUGUUGUCUGUCAUUGCAUUGCAAUCACGUGUUGUCUAUUGAAAAGACAAACCAGUGAUUGUGGCGCUCAGUCAAAGAUCACCACAAACUCUGGUCUAUUGUUAUUGUUUUUAUUAAUCAUAUAUUUGUGUGUGUCUUGUAAUCAGUGAUUUUUUUGUCGAUAUAUAUAUUGAUGGCCAACAAAGUGGUGAUUGUGUUUACUGUCUGUACGAUAGUGUUGUCAUCACUAAUCUGGUCCGCAAUCGGUGUCAAACUCAAUGAACGAAGAAUUCUGUUGCCGUUUAAUACCGGAGUCAAUACUAACUUUACAUUAGAGGCCACUAAUGAUAACUGUUAUCAAUGGUCUUCCUCACGACUAGACAUCGCUUCUGUCGAAGCAUUAGCCGAAUCAUCUCAAGGUUGCUCUAAAGGUGCUGUCGUGUCGGUGGUGUCUACGUCUGCCAAACGACAGUCAUCAGUAGUAACCGCUACCGAUAGCGCUUCUGGUUCUGUGAUCCGAUGCGAUGUCGAAGUGGAUGUCAUCAACUCAAUUGAGAUCAUAACGACAUCGCAUGACAUUGUUUUAGAAGAUUUGCCCGAAAUCUUGGAAGUGAAGGCUAAAAAUGAUAAAAAUGACACAUUCACAUCAAUCGCUGGCAUUCAAUUUGAAUGGACACUCAGUCCAGUCGAUAUACUUCGCUAUAGGACGUGGUCUUCAUCGUCAUAUGUCGGACCGCCGUUUGUUCACUAUUGGGAAUCGCGUGACGCCAAAGGUUCAGCUAUUCUUAUCGAAGGUGUCCGCACCGGAUCAGCCAAAGUGUCGGCUCGUAUUGUGGGUGACGAAUACAAGAAAGUAAAGCCGGCAGAGAUAACACUUCAUGUGAUCGCAAAUCUGGCACUUAUUCCGCAAAAUAUAGUUUAUCUGCUAAAAGGAUCGAAAAUCGAGUUUAAGGCUGAGAUGACCAAACAGGGACCACGCGUUCCGCUAACACUGCCAUCGCCUCAGUAUUAUCUAAAAGUUUUGGAUCCGAAAAUUGCUUUAUUGGACGAUCAGACCAGUCAAGUGGAGGCUAUCAAAGAUGGACAAACAUCGUUGUUAUUGUUGGACCGCAACGUAGCCACCAGUGAGAGCUCGCGACAACCGACCACCGAAAUUCACGUAAUGCCACCGAGUUAUCUGACCAUUCAUGUGACGCCGGGCGACAAUUUUGCUUUGUGCGAGUUUACCAGUUAUGUCGUAACGUAUACAAUACACGACGACUGGCAUCACCGGCUCUAUCCGGCCGCCAAUCUUCAGCUUAAAGUUACGUUUCCGUCUCGUUAUUUCCAUAUAAACGACUCAACAACUAAUGGUACACAUCAUACCAUCCGAACUAUCAAUUCGGGCAAUACUAAGAUUUCGGCACAACUUAUCGGUGCUGGAAAUGUCAAACUGACCGCUCCUUUAGAGCACUCGCAAGAAGUUACAAUAUAUCGGACUUUAUUAUUGACGCCAAACCUUAUCAUUUUACCGUGGAUUCCAAAAUCAAAACCAACUUAUACAGUGUUUGUUACGGCCACUGGAGCUACUGGUCAAUAUAGAUGGGUGUCCAACAAUAGUUUGGUGGCCACUGUUGCCUACAAGACAGACCAAUCCGCUAAAGUUAAGAUAACUACCAAAGAUGAAGGCGAAGCACUAAUUAGUUGCCAAGACGUACAUAACUCUGUGUUUUCGGCAAAUAUGAGAACAGUUAUUACUCCAGUCGUCGAGAUUGAGAUUCUUCCGGUUGUAUUGGAGACACACGUCGGCGGAACAGUUAUUCUGCCCAUAGCUGUAAGUGGUUAUGAAAAUGAGGCCACAAAACAACUCCGUGUAUUUGACGAUUGUUCACAAAUCCCAUUUGAAGUUGAAAUCAUUGAAAAGACUCGUGUUAAAUAUGAUGCCAAUAACAUUGUGGCCGGUAUUGGCAAACGGUCGUGUCGUAGUCUAGCAUUUGAUUGCAUAUCGACUGGCAAUACACGUGUUUGGAUCAGAUAUGGCAAAGAGCUGAGUUCUACUGCAAUCAUUGGUUGUCAUUUGCCACUGAAAGCAGUUCAUCCAACAGAAUAUGCUGUAAUGUCUUUGGGCGCCAGUAUUGAUGUUGCCUUUGAAGGCGGUCCUCGUCCCUGGACUCUGCAUCCCGACGGACAUUACACCAGAUUGUCAUCAACUGAAUCAUCAGUAGUGUCAUCGACAGAGAUUGCCGAUCGUUAUCGAUAUAACAAAGAUCUUCACGUAUUUCGAAUCAAAUGUCUUCAAUACGGUGAGACCAGCUUAGAGAUCGAAGUGGGCAAUUUGGCGUCAUCGACACUUCCUAAUCCCGCCAGUGCCAAAGCCAGUGUAAAUAUUUUUUGUUCACGACCCACUUCGAUGAUUAUCAAACCAAAAAUGAAGUCUUCGUGUCCAUUAUCGCCGCCACAAGAUUCGGUAUUUCCCGUCGAAAAGGGUCAGAACAUUGAGAUCGAAGUGGAUGUUCGCGACGACGCCGGCCGUAGUUUUUACAAUAUAUCGACUCUGGAUAUUGUUUGGAAUAUGGAUGGCAUUGAUGGUCUGGAAGUGAACAACGGUGUCAAAGAGAUUAUUAACGGCGCCAAAGGAUAUUUCUCAAUCACCAGAAAUGUCCAAAUAUUGAAACAAUUUCGUACUAAUUCACACAAAUUAAGUGCCGAAAUUGUUGGCUAUAAGAAACAAUUUAACGAUCGGUUCCGUAUAUUCAGCGAAAUCGAGUUGAUUGCUGUCGAUAAGGCAUCGGUGGAAAGGGAUAGUAUCAACAUAUAUAAUCAUCCAAAGCAAAAGUUUGUUGUGAACAUACAAAAAGGAUCCGGCUAUUUUGAUGUAGACGCUGAAACUGAGAAACAAUUGAUCACAAUUAACUUCAAACAACAAUCAAAAACAUUUAAUAUUGUCCCCAAAACAGUCGGCCGGGGAGUCAUUAAAAUAAUUGAUUUAUGUCUUGCAAACUAUGAAAAUACUGACUUAGAAUAUGCCGUUGUAGAGGCCAGUGAUAUCAAUGUUGAAAUUGUUGACAAAUUUCAAUUGGGAAGUGUUGUCGAAGGAUAUGUUACAGUGAUCGACAAUAAUGACAAUUAUAUUGAUUCAGCUAAUCAUAAAUUUAUUGAUUUAGUACCCAAUUUUUCCAAUAACGUAUUAACGUUGAGUAAUUUAUCAGUUUCUGAUGAUAUAAAAUCAAGUUUUAAACUUAAUGGAGAAAAGUUAGGCAUCAGUUCAUUGAAAUUUAUCUCACAAUCAGCUCAUACUAAUUACAUUGAGAGUACACCCAUUAGCAUUCAAGUAUUUGCACCGUUACGCAUAACACCAUCAAACUUGACACUCAUAGUUGGCGCCCACUUUCAAGUGACAACAUUUGGUGGACCACAGCCUCAACGGAAUAUAGAAUAUUCUUUAGCAGACAAUUCUGUGGCCAAAGUUGGUCCAAAUGGACUGUUAAAUGCAUUAAAAUUAGGCAAAACUAAACUUAUUAUUCGUAUAUUAAGUGCAGAUAAUAUUGAAUACACUCGAUCUGAGGUUGACUUAUAUGUUGUGGCUUUGAAUAAGAUUAAAAUUGUUAGUCAAACUAAUCAAUUGAAGACUGGAUCAAAGCUAUCACUUCAACUAAUGGGUGCCAAUGAAUUUGAAACGCCAUUCACUUUUGGUGCCACUAAUCCAUCGCUUAAGAUCACAUGGAGUUUAAGCAACGAUAAUAUUGCUGCCAUUGAAGAUAUUUUUCAAACAUCUGGAAUCGUUAACAACAAUAUGAAUUCAAUAUCAAUGAGACUUCGAGGAAUCUCUUCGGGCAUUGUUUCGGUCAUUGUGAGAGUUGAGACACAAAAUGCAGUUAAAGAUAGAGAACAUCAACAGAUAGAGAAUAACGUUAUACUAACCGAUUCAAUACAAAUACAUAUAUUUCCCUCAUUUUCUAUUGUGUCAAACGAUCGAAAUAUCGACGAAAGAGUGGUCUUAAUGUCACCCAACUCGCAGAUCUCGCUUCAGUCCAAUCGUAUCGGUGAAGCCGAAUCACAGUUUCAAUUGCUUAACGCCACUAAUGUCAAGCUUUCAUGCGGUCUCGAGACUUGUCUYAAAGCCGGUCCGACACCCGAAGUGUCCGCUUUGAUUGUACGGACAAAUGAAAAAAUCGGAGUAACUUUAACUUCAGUCUUCAGUAUACGAGUUGACAAAAUAUCUUAUUUUAUGGUCAAUUCGUUGUACAAGAUUUCUGAAGAACCGAUUAAUGUGUUUCCCAUUGGUUCCGAAUUACAGACACGUAUCUCAUAUCAUGAUAACAUUKGUAAACCGUUUGACGCGGUCAGGUCGCAAAUUCGGUGGACACUAUCGCGCAACGAUCUUAUGAGUAUUUCRCGCGGUUCGGACAAUACAACACUUAAGAUUCGGUCAUUAAAAGAGGGCCGAACUUUGGUGAAAGUGUAUGAUUCGGAAAACAAUAACAUCAAUGAGUAUUUUAAUGUCGACGUCGGACCAGUGAUUGAACCGCAAGAUCUUCAGCUAAGUAUCGGUGAAGUUGUCUGUCCUUACUGUAAGUUGAAGGACACUAAGGCUGGUGUCUGGUCAGUCGAAAACCAGUUAAUAGCUGACAUUGAUGAACAAUCGGGUGUUAUUGUGGCUAAAAGUGUUGGCCACACACUUCUCUAUUGGACAUCAAACAAUAAAGUGUCGACUUUUACUACUAUUAAUGUGAAAAUGCCUAAAAAGAUUUCAUUAGACACGACACGUUUAGUCGGCAUUACUAAUAUAGUGAGCCAUUUGUUGCCGAUUAACAUCGAAAGUGAAUCCCGAAACGUAGGUCAAAGACGUUGCAUAUCAUCAGURGACUCAUUGAAUUUGCWGACACUUGAAAGUCCAUUCAUUUGUGAGAUAGUGUUUGAUAAUAAUUAUCAACAGAAGUCUAUCUGGAAAACAGGCGUUCAGUUUGAUGUUAACUCUGAUAAAUGGUUGUGUAGUCUUGAGCCCAAAGCUGAUAUUAAUUAUUCAGAAAUGUCUUCAAUUGAAACCAAUGUAACCGUUUCGGUGAUUAUGUUGACUCAGUCGCACGACUCGAGUGUAGACUACAAACCAUUGAUUCAUACAAUUAGUGUACCAUUUUUGCCGGCUUUUGAUAUCUCACCCAAACAAGUGAUACUAACACCCGAACAACCCGAAGCUCGGCUAACUGUUUACUCGGCUUCACAGGUUCUGCAGGACCUAACCAUAGUGACAAGUAAUCCGGAUGUUAUCGAUGUUUCCACAUUGGAAAUCAUUGGCAAUACAUUGAAAAUAUCAAUAUUUUUGACAAAUGCCGAUAUUUUCUCCAACGAUGUAUCAAAUCUUCAUCUAUCGUUCAACUCUCGACUAACACAACAAAAGCUUAAAAUUCCGGUUCAAAUCAAACUCUUUAGACAUAACAUUCAAUCAGUUUCAUCGAUGUAUUUAUUUUUGAAAGAAAAGUUCAUCUAUUUAUUAUUAUUUACAAUAAUUAUUGGUGCCGUUGUAUACAAAGCCAUAAAGUUUUUCCAAUCAAAAGUAUCGCCAAUUGCAACGACAACACUGCCUAUGAAUCCCGGAUCUCCUUUCUUGGCCGAUAUUCACUCACCUCUUAAAGGACAGAGAGUUUUGGAUUAUACACUAUCGCCAACACAAACACCUCACUCGACAUCAACGCCGCGAUCCCCGCGAGUCGGACGACCCUUAUAUUCAGUGACCAACACGUGAAUACAGGUUUUUCCUAUAGCGCUGUAAAUGAGAUUGAAUUUAGUUUUUUUWWAUAUGAAAACGUUAUUAAAAAAUACAAAAAUUGCUUUUUUGUAUCAUAUAU